AGUCUUGACCAUGAGAGAGUCCCCACUCUAUCUGACGUCCUCCAGAUCUUCUCUCACAGUUCAUGCACAUGGCCUUCCAUGAACAAUCUGACGAGGUGACUGAGAGAAAGAAAUGUCGUCUAUUGGAAAUAGUGCAAUAUACAUGUGAACCAGAAGAGCUUCCAAGUGGAGAAGUUCGUCCUCGGUGCUUCCCUAUCCCUCGCAUCUUUAGGAUAUGUCCUGACCGUCCAGCCGUGGAAAUCACGAAACUCAUCAAGAUCGAUCUCAAGACAGGACAGAUUGAAAUACCGGACGAGUCUAGCGCCCUUCUUCCAAAGGGAAAACACUGGAGAGACAUACGUCGAUACGACCGUGAAACCGAAGUCGGAUCAAGUGAUUGAACUAUUUCAAACCUUCAAGACCACGCGAGACCUACUCCACAGAUUUUGAUACAAGGUUCUACCCCCAAGACUCAACAUAUUGCGAUUCACUUCAGGAACAUGUCGCUGAGUACUUGGUCCUUCGGGACUUUAGCUCUCCGAAUGAGUUGACUUUUUGCAUUCAGUAUCAUAUGAAUUUAGCUGUGGCUAUAAUUGAUUGACUGCCAGCAUCCUUG